CAAUUCCUGUCUUGCGCAGAAGCGACGUGAGCCAAACAUGGCAACGGUGGUGGAGAAAUCAACCAAAGAACGGCUGCUGUCUGUUUUGGAUGAUUUGGAGGUUUUAUCCCGGGAGUUGAUCGAGAUGCUGGCUCUGUCUAGGAGUCAGAAGCUGCCCCAGACAGGAGAGGACACGCAGAUCCUGGAGCUUCUGGUGCAAAGGGACAGGGUGUUUCAGGAGCUGAUGGAGGUCGCUCAGCAGCAGGGAAAAGUUCACCAGGAGAUGCAGCUGCUGGAGAAGGAGGUGGAGAAGAGAGACAGUGACAUCCAGCAGCUCCAGAAGCAGCUGAAGGAGGCUGAACACAUCCUGGCCACUGCUGUUUACCAGGCAAAAGAGAAACUCAAAUCCAUUGACAAAGCCAGGAAAGGGAGCAUUUCUUCAGAGGAAAUCAUCAAGUACGCUCACAGAAUCAGUGCCAGUAACGCCGUUUGUGCGCCGCUCAACUGGGUACCAGGUGAUCCACGCAGACCCUAUCCUACUGACCUGGAAAUGCGCAGCGGAAUGCUGGGUCACAUGGCCAACCUGCCGACCAAUGGCGUGAAUGGCCAUCUGCCAGGUGACGCUCUGGCUGCUGGGAGGUUGCCAGACGUCUUGACUCCUCACUACCCCUGGCAGUCCUCCGACGUCUCUGUGGGGUUGCUUCCUCCUCACCACGGCAACGACUUCGGCCUGGAGCCUCCGGGUCACAACAAGGAGAACGAGGACGACGUGGAAGCCAUGUCGACCGAUUCCUCCAGCAGCAGCAGUGAUUCUGACUGAAAGAGAGAGAGAGUGUGAGAGAGAGAGUGAGAGAGAGAGUGAGUGAGAGAGAGAGAGAGAGAGAGAGAGAGAGAGAGAGAGAGAGAGGUUACCACUGAGCAACACCUGAUCAAUUAUUUAAAUCUUUGGUUAGUGGGAAAGACCAAGGACAACAAGUAAGCGUGUUCAUUUAAAAGACCAUUCUGUUUCUUUGGAGCAACGUGUUCCAUGUACUUCUAAUCUGAGUCUUCAUGAGUGUCUUAUGGUAAAACUUUGCAUAUAUAGCGCAUCUCCGGAGUCAUGGAGGAGCUCAUUCCUGAAUUGGAAAGCAAUUAAAAGCUGUAUGUAGAGGCUCCACUCUCAUUGGACUAUUCACUAUAGAGAUCUUUUAGUUUAGUCACUUCCCAGCUAUGUUAGUAAAUAAGGUCCAUAAUUUAUGUACAUUUUGUAGAAUGUUUUGUAAGAGUAGCAUUCACUUUUUAAAAAAAAUGUUAUUAUCGCAUUGCAAAUAAGGUUAUAUUUGUGUUGUAACUCUUCUUCUCUGGACUGUCCAGUGUUGCCCAGCAGUUAAAGGUUUGAAGAAAUCAUUAUCAUAAAUCAGUCAGUUGUUCAUAAGCCUGCCUGUUUCAUCAGAAAUAUUCUGGGAUAUAUUCUAAGAACUAAACUGCCGUCGGUGUGGCUUUAAACAGGUGGAGAGAGCUUUUAGAGUUUCCACUGACAUCAAGGGAAGGUGGCCAAUAAUUUGAUAUAGUUUAAAAACAAAUAAGGAAGAUGAACUCUUAUUCCAGACUUGUACACAAAGAUGUAAUUCUAAUAUCCUUGUAAAAAAAAAAACACAGACCGGAGCUCAAAGAGAAACCAAACUCCAAAUGUGACCCCUCUUGCUCUUUGGUGACCAGUUACCUAUGUUUGACAUGUUUAACUCAUUUGUCAGUUUUAGCAUGAAUGUUCCAUGUUUAGUGUUGGUUGUUGAAUAACAAUAUGGACUAAUGCUGUUGAUUUACCUCUGUGUAAAUAAGAUUGUACAUACUCCGCCUUGUGAAUAAAUACUUUUUGAAUA